UUGGACAAUUAGAGUAGAGGCUGAAGAGAACAGCCAUGGUCGAAAAAGCCGCACUGAUGCUGUUUGUGUUCAUGGGGUUGGCUUCUUUGGCCGUGAUUCGUGUUUAUGGAGAUGAUUCAGAGGUAGUUCAGUUUUCCGGUGGCAGUUUCAGUGAAGAUAUUAGCAAAAUGCGAGCCCUGAAAGCCUCUUUAACCCGCCGCGACUCUGUUUCCUACCCUGCUCCGCCACCGCAGGUGGGUUCGAGUCACCGUGUGUAUCUGGCGACGGCGUACGGUGCUGAUCCGACGGGGAAAUCCGAUAGCACAGAAGCACUUCUGAAGGCAAUGACCGAUGCGUUUCAAGGUCCCAGCAAUGGGUUCCUGUCUGAGGGGAUCGCAAACCUUGGAGGGGCACGGAUUAAUCUUGAAGGUGGGAAUUACUUGGUCAGCAAACCGCUGCAGUUACCCGCCACCGGCAUCGGAAAUUUUAUGAUUCAUGGAGGGACAUUACGGGCCUCAGAUGAUUUUCCGACUGAUGAAUAUCUGAUUAAUCUGUCUCCUACAACAAACAGCUCCUCAUCCUCAUCAUCUUCAUCACAGUAUAAUUAUGAGUACAUAACCCUCAGGGACCUGAUGUUGGACUCUAAUUACAGGGGAGGAGGCAUCUCAGUUAUAAAUUCCCUUAGAAUCAGUAUAGAUAACUGUUACAUUGCCCAUUUCACCACCAAUGGGAUUUUAGUCCAAAGUGGGCAUGAGACAUACAUCAGGGACUCUUUCCUUGGCCAACAUAUCACUGCUGGAGGUGAUUCUGGAGAACGGAACUUCACAGGCACCGGAAUUAACCUCAUGGGCAACGAUAAUGCGAUCACAGAUGUGGUGGUAUUUUCUGCUGCCAUAGGAAUAAUGGUUACAGGUCAGGCCAAUAUACUUUCCGGGGUACAUUGUUAUAACAAGGCAACGGGGUUCGGUGGCACAGGGAUAUACCUGAAGAUGCCUGGGUUAACGCAGACACGAAUUGUGAACUCCUACAUGGAUUUCACUGGGAUUGUUGCCGAAGAUCCAGUUCAGCUUCAUAUCUCUAGUAGUUUUUUCUUGGGUGAUGCAUUCAUUCUCCUCAAGUCUAUAAAUGGGGUUGCAAAGGGUGUCAACAUAGUAGAUAACAUGUUUAGCGGGUCUAGUAAGGGGAUAGACAUUGUCCAGUUGGACCAGGGCAAUGGAGCAUUCAGUCAAAUUGAUCAGGUUGUGGUGGACAGGAAUGUUGCCAAUGGGAUGAACAUUAAGGCAACAAUGGCAAGGGGAUCCGUUCAAGGGAAUGGGAGUUCCUGGACAGUCGAUUUUAGUAAUGUUCUUUUGUUUCCUAACCUUAUUAAGCAGGUACAGUACUCGCUAAGCACAAGUGAUGGGAGCUCUUUUCCUAACCAUGCCCUGCGUAACAUUUCUGGUAAUCAUGUCGUGAUCGAGUCAAACAUAGCCGUGCCGGCGAAUGUGUUUGUAACAGUGGAUCAAGGAUUGUCAAGUUGAGGCUGUUUAAGCUUCAAUUUUGAACAUGAUGAUCCAACAUGACAACCGUGAAUAGGAUUGGGAUUAAAAAUGUAUACUUCCUUUUCUUCAUGAUACAAUUCAAAGUACAAACCCUUUUCAAUAACAGAAAUUUUAUUAU